AUGAUAAUUUUUCCUGAGGAGAAACCAACCAAGUACUUGAACGAUUCGUUUGCGCUUAAGAUGCUUGGAGCUCCAAAAUAUAAUGGCAAGUUCGACUUUAGCAGGAAGGAGUUGGAUAUUCCUUUAGCAUUUCCAUUUAGAAAGACUGCCGUUAAAUCAAAGAGCCCACCGCAAGUAGCUUUCAUGGAGAAAAUAGAUAACGAUAGCGUGAUAUAUUCGAGUGACGGCCAUUUCUUUAACGUUCUUGGAAAGUAUAAGUAUAGCUUCCGAAUAGAGGAUACUUGCAAAAGACUAGUGACUGGGCACCAAAAGGCAUUUAUUCUUACAGAAAAACACAUGUAUAUUUACGAGAAGAAGAAAGUAAGCAUGUUUUCCAUUAGCGCCAUAGAUUUGUCCACAUCCUCUUUUGGAGAGGUAUUUGUUCUGACUUCCAAGGAGAUUCUGUUGUUUGACGAGGACGGGAUCAAAAAAGUAUUUCCAUAUACUGGCCGAGUCAAUUUCAUACACUUCUAUCUGUUCCGGGAACUGAUAGUUGUGGGAGUGAAGCAAGUGUUCCAUUUGAAUCUCAAUAACCUCAAGGUAAGCACUAUAUACUCAACUCCCUUGAGAAUACAGUUAACUAUUUUAAAGGAUCGGCUUUACAUACAGGAGGGGACCAGCAAGGGUUUCAGGGUUACAUCUCUGAACAUAGAAGAUAGGACUGCAGAGUCUAUCUUUUUGGAGGACUUCAUGAAAAUUUCUGUAGGGAAAUCAAUGCUGGCGCUAUACAAGAGAGGUGGAGAGUUUUUAUUCUGCGACCGAUUUGAUCUAAUCAACUCCAAAACCGUUGUAUACGAGGUUGAGAACCUUAUAGGUUUCUUCUUUGUUGAAGAAAAGAGCUAUUUCUUCUUUAAAGAGAAAUUUGUGAUGUGGAACAAAGGAUGUGUAAAGGAGAUCAAGAUAGGCUUGGAGAAGAAUAGAAAUUAUCUUGUAAAAUUCCCCGACAACCUCGAGAUGCUUAAGGAGGUGUAUGAAACAAGACAGACACCAAAGGGGGUUUUUAGGCCUGGAAAAGUGGUUUCUACUCUCUAUGAAAUUAUCAAACAAAUCACAGAAAAAGAAGACGAAAGUGUCAAAUCGAUGCCCAAGAAGAAAAUCAAAUAUUCCGAAAAAAACCUUGGGGGUUUCUAG